AUGACAGCGUUCAUCUUAGUUGGGGCAGACACGGGUAAAGAGGGCCAAACCCCCGCACCUGCGGACAGCAGCACCACUCCGUCCGACCAGGAGAACUUCCCGUACGACACGGAAGACCCGGGCGAGGAGAGCGACGUAUCGGAGGCGAGAGACGGCGCGGCCAGUCCGGAGGAGCUCAACGACGACGACACGUCCGGAGAGAGCGAGAACGUGCCCAAGACCUGCACCUAUGACGGCUGCACGGAGACCACGACGCAGGUGGCCAAAGCCAGGAAACCCUGGAUGUGUAAAAAACACCGGAAUAAAAUGUACAAGGACAAGUAUAAGAAAAAGAAAAACGACCAGGCCAUGUCAUCGGGAAAACUAGAAGCUUAUUUCAAACUGUUUUCCUCUGUUCGUGAUGUGAAGGAGGGUUCGGAGGAGAGGCCUGUAUCUAGUGUUACUAAGCAACGGCUGGGUACCACGGGAGACAGAGCCCCACCAGACCGUCCCUCAUUGAGCAGGUGCUGA